CCGUUCCGUAUUGUUCCUCUUCGGUUUGCCUUAUAUUACAUGUACAUGCAUGCGGCUCCACUCCAGUUCCACCCAAGGCCGUUUAGUUUACUUCCAAGUUGCUCCUCGAACCGCCCCAGGACAGGGAGGAUGCUCUGUAGCCGUCCCGAGACGUGCUCGAGCAAAUGUUGAGACUCCCCACUCUUCCUCCCUUUCCGACUCCGGGCCCCUAUUCUCUUCGACCGUCUCGUCUCUUUCAGACCACGUCUCGCGCCGUCGCGUUACGGUUACGGUGCUACGCUGAAUACUCCGGUGCGGCCUCCUGGUCCGUCCCCGAAGCCGCCGACCAGGGCCUCCGAUUCCCGCCCGAACCCGAAGCCGCCGUCGGGCCGGCGCCGCCCGAGGUUCCGAGGCGGGGAUGGGUGAGGGCGAAUGCCAGGGAAAAAUGGGCGCGCGACGGGGAGAGCUACCUGAGCAGAGAGGACGCCCUUCCUCUGCCGAUGACGUACCCCGACUCCGCCCCCGUCUCGCCUGAAGAGAUCGACAGGCGGGUCGCCUGCGAUCCCCAAACUCAGGAUUGCAAGCCAGUUGUUUAUGAAUGGACAGGGAAGUGUAGAAGCUGUCAAGGUUCAGGCUAUGUGAGCUACUACAAUAAGAAAGGGAAAGAGACUGUUUGCAAAUGCAUUCCUUGCCUCGGAAUAGGAUAUGUGCAGAAAAUUACUGCAAGGAAAGACAUAGAUGUCAUGGAGGAUUUAGACAAUGGAAAGCCACUUUGAGGUGUGGCUCGAUAUGAGCAACUUUUUGCUUGCUUGAUUAUGUCCAUCCAAUUGCAACAACGUAAUGGGCAAAUCUAACAGUAAAUGCCUCUGUGAUGUUUUAGCUCUAAUUUUAAUAAGGCAAUAUUUCAUAAGCAAUUUUUGGCGUACAUCAUCAUGUUGCCUUAGUCUUUUCUCUUGUACUUGGGUUGACUAUUUUGAUAAACUACGUUGUGGAUUAUUGGUUCUGGCA